AUGCCCGUGUCCCCCCAUCCCUCCCCCACCUGCCGGACCAAGGCGGCCGCUGCCAUCAUGCACAUGAUCAUGAACAACCUGGACCCCGAGGUGGCCCAGCCUGUCUUCCCGACUCCCCCGCUCUGCCGGCCCCCGCAGUUCCGGCUGACGAUGUCCUACCUGGCCAAGAUGACUGAGGAGCAGACUCUCGUCAUGUACAGCGGCCACCCCCUGGGCCUCUUCCCCAGCAGCCCCAGUGCCCCGCGCCUGGUUGUCACCAACGGCAUGGUCGUCCCGAACUACUCCUCCAAGGAGGAGUACGAGAAGCUCUUCGCCUUGGGGGUGACCAUGUACGGCCAGAUGACCGCGGGCAGCUACUGCUACAUCGGCCCUCAGGGCAUCGUGCACGGCACGGUGCUGACGGUGCUGAACGCGGCCCGGCGCUACCUGGCCGUGGAGGACCUGGCGGGGAAGGUGUUUGUCACCUCGGGGCUCGGUGGCAUGAGCGGGGCGCAGGCCAAGGCGGCCGUCAUCGUGGGGUGCGUCGGCGUGAUCGCCGAGGUGGACAAGGCCGCCCUGGACAAGCGCCACAAGCAAGGCUGGCUGAUGGAGGUCACCGACAGCUUGGACCGCUGCAUCGAGAGACUCAGGGAAGCGAGGAGCAAGAAGGAGGUGCUGAGCCUCGGCUACCAUGGCAACGUGGUGGCACUCUGGGAGCGGCUGGCCCACAUCCUGGCCACCACGGGGGAGCUCCUGGUGGACCUCGGCUCGGACCAGACCUCCUGCCACAACCCCUUCCGCGGAGGCUACUACCCGGUCCAGCUCGGGUUCGAGGAGGCCCAGAGCCUCAUGGCCUCCGAUCCGGCCUCCUUCCGGAGCCUCGUCCAGGAAAGUCUGCGCAGGCAGGUGACGGCCAUCAACCGGCUCGCCCGCGACGGCUGCUUCUUCUGGGACUACGGCAACGCCUUCCUGCUCGAGGCCCGCAGGGCAGGCGCGGACGUGGGCAAGACCGGCGCCGGGAAGACAGACUUCCGCUACCCGUCCUACGUCCAGGACAUCAUGGGGGACAUCUUCUCCCAGGGGUUCGGGCCCUUCCGCUGGGUGUGCACGUCGGGGGACCCCCGGGACCUGGCUGUCACCGACCGGCUGGCCGCGACUGUCCUGGAGGAAGCCAUUGCGGGCGGAGGGCCGGCCUCCACGAGGCUGCAGUACAAGGACAACCUCCGCUGGAUCCGGGAGGCCGCCAAGCACCAGCUGGUGAGGUCUAUACAUGUAUAUUUCCUCUUGCCCCCUGGCGCCCGCCCGGGCCAGCCAGAGCGGGGAGUUCAGGCGGUGGCUUCUGUCUCCCCAGACAUGGCCGUGCAGAACUUCGUGGGGGACGCCUUCCGUGGGGCCACCUGGGUCGCGCUUCACAACGGAGGGGGCGUGGGCUGGUCCCUGGGCGUCCGCUGGUGGCAGGUGGCCCGGCGCUGCUGGUCCGGGAACCGGAAGGCGCACGAGACCAUCCGGCGGACCAUGGAGGACGACAGCCGGCUGGAGGUCACCCUCCCGCACGAGGUGGCCGACGACGGGGUCAUCUGGCGGGCCCUGCGGCCCUGAGUCCCCCUCCAGCUCCCCCGGCCUCCCCGGGAGGCCCGGCCUCACCUCUCUCCCUGCCCGCACGCCCUCGCUGCGCCCAUUUCGCGGAUGGGAACACUGAGGCCCGGAGAGGAGAGGCCGGUCGGUCCGACCGUCCACCCUGCCCUUGCUU